GUGAGAGACUCCCCUUCAGUAUUAUCUGGAGACUUUAUCGACAGUGCUCGAAAAUGGGCGUAGCGGAGUAGUUCGAAAAAUAAAAGUGGGCGUAAAGCGCUGGAAACAGCCUAGCGAAACGGUAACAAGUUAAACGCCGGCGUGGCCGCUCUCAGGUUUCUCUCUGGCGCGGGAUCGAAGGCGCCUCCGUUUUUCCAGCCAGUCGGAGUAACCGAAUAAAACAAAAUCGGGCGCAAGCUUGCUCCGCGAUCAUCUGUUCUACGCGCGCUUCCGAUCCGGGACUGACAAGUAGGUCUCGCUGGUCUCCGACGUUCGUCACCGGGGAGUUGAGUCUCUCGCACGUUUGUCUCGCGCAGCGCACGUCGCCGACGUACGUGCGGAGAAUCGGUUAUUGGCGGCGAUUGUGAGUCGGCCGUGCGUGAGUCACCGAGGGAAUUUGUUGAAAAAGGAAAGGGCGCGUGGCAGAGCCCGAGUCGCUUGAUUAUGUGCGCGAAAAUGGCCUUUCAGCAUCAGCCGGGUACCGCGAUGGAGUGCCUGAGCAUACCAAUUACAUUACACAAAGAGACGGAGCUCAAUGAAAACGGCGAGGAAGUGAUGAAAUGUGGAUUUAAAAUCGGCGGUGGCAUCGAUCAGGAUUAUACAAAGAGUCCACAAGGCUACACGGACAAUGGGAUAUACGUAACGGAAGUGCACGACAAGUCGCCAGCGGCGAAAAGUGGUCUUAGAACGCAUGAUAAAAUUUUACAAUGCAACGGAUAUGACUUUACGAUGGUAACUCACAAGAAGGCGGUUUCUUAUAUAAGAAAGCAUCCAGUAUUAAACCUUUUAGUAGCUCGUAAAGGUGUUACCAGUACUUAAAAAUAUGCCAAAACAGAUUUCUAUCGACAGAUAUAUUUAUUUCAUAUUUUACUUUGAGGAGGUGCCAAAUAUUACAGUAGAUACUAGCAGCCUCUGUCUAUCAAUGGCCUAGUUUACAUCGUGCACUUGAUACGCGUAUUAAAUAGUAAGAAA